AUGGACAAAGCAGGGUCGGACUCAUCUUCAGUCAACAGGGGGUGGAAGCGUCCAGCCUACGAAGCGGAAGAACCGAUCACUCCUGAUGCCAAGAGAACCAAAAGCCUUGAUCAUGCGUUGACACAACAGAUGCCAGCCCCGCCUGCAGUCUUAGAAGAACUAAAUGGUGAGAUUGAGUACCGAGUCGUCAACAAUGAUGGCUCCAGAGACAACGCGAUCAUUCUCACGGGUCUCAAAUGCCUGUUUCAAAGGCAACUUCCGGAAAUGCCGAAAGAAUACAUAACCCGUCUCGUCUAUGAUCGCUCCCACUUAUCUAUCGCUAUUGUCAAAAUGCCCUUGCAGGUCAUUGGCGGUAUAUCAUUCCGACAAUUCCGCCAGUUCGCUGAAGUCGUAUUUUGCGCCAUAUCCUCGGACCAGCAGGUGAAGGGAUACGGAGCGCAUCUCAUGGCCCACUUAAAGGACUAUGUCAGAGCUACAUCCGCAGUGAUGCACUUUCUAACUUAUGCCGACAACAAUGCCAUCGGAUAUUUCCAGAAACAGGGCUUUACCAAGGAUAUCACUCUCGAUAAAUCUAUCUGGAUGGGGUACAUCAAGGAUUACGAGGGAGGAACACUUAUGCAAUGCUCUAUGCUUCCCCGGAUACGGUACCUCGAAGCUGGUCGAAUGCUCCUUAAACAGAAGGAAUCUGUCCUCGCCAAGAUACGUACCUUUAGCAAGAAUCAUAUCAUCCAUCCACCCCCUCCGCAAUGGGCUGACGGCGUCAUUGUGUCAAUCGAUCCGCUCUCUAUUCUUGCUAUCAAGGCAACGGGCUGGACUCCGGCUAUGGACAAGUUAGCACGAGAGUCCUCCCACAGACCAGGACCACAUUUCAACGAGCUUCGACGUUUUUUGAAUCAAAUUCAAAACCACAGGCAUGCGUGGCCUUUCCUCGAACCAGUUAAUAGAGAAGCAGUGCCGCAUUAUUACGAGGCCAUUGAUUCGCCAAUUGAUCUGUCGACCAUAGAAGAGAGAUUGGAAAGUGAUCCUGGUCGUUAUGCUACCCCGAAGGACCUCGUCGGCGACCUCAGCUUGAUGUUCAGCAAUUGCCGGCAGUUCAAUGAUGCAAAAACGGUAUACUCCAGGUGUGCGAUCAAGCUGGAGAAGUAUAUGUGGAAACUCGUCGGGGAGAUUCCGGAAUGGUCUUACUUACUUCGAGAAUAA